AUGGGACGCAAGAAAAUCCAGAUUUCGCGAAUUUCCGACGAGCGAAAUCGUCAGGUCACAUUCACGAAACGCAAGUUCGGCCUCAUGAAGAAAGCCUACGAACUCAGCGUUUUAUGCGAUUGCGAGAUCGCGCUCAUUAUUUUCAACUCGACGAACAGGUUAUUCCAAUAUGCUUCCACGGACAUGGACAAAGUUCUCCUCAAGUAUACGGAGUAUAACGAGCCGCACGAGAGCAGAACCAACAAUGACAUCGUCGAGGCUCUGAAUAAGAAGGACCACAAGGGAAACUCCACGUGCUGUGAGAGCCCCGAACCAGACGAUGACGUAGGUUACACAAUGCCGUCGCGUCCCUUAGAGACCAACAAUGCCAACAAGCUCGGCCCAGCCUAUCCUAAGCUCAGUGAAGAUUUCGAGAUCAUGAUGCAACGCAACGCGACAGCGACGGCACAGCAGCAUAACGGAGUUCGGGAUUCCACUUCUCCGUUCCACGGACAAUCGUUGGCAGUGAGCAACGGCCCACUGAAUAUGUAUUCGCAAGACUCGUUGAUGCAGCCGUCUCCGACUCAAAUGUCUCAAAGCAGCAUCAGUCCGAGACCCAGCUCCACCGGAGCCGGUGGUGAGAACGGUCUGAGUGCGUAUCAACGCGCAACGUCUCCAGGCAGCAGCGGGGGCAGCAGUCUGGCUGGCCAGCCGGGAUCCGUUCCCCAGGCGGUGUCUCCCAAGCCGAGAUCCCCGCAGUGCAAGAACCUGCGCGUCAUGGUCCCUCCGCAGAAUUCACCGUCACCUAAUCCGCAAUCGACGAUGGAGUCGGCGGGUGGCCAGAUUUAUCUUUCACAGAGUGCCAAUAUGGUUCGCAGUAACGCAAUCGCCACCCCCGUCCUUUCGGUAACAGCACCAAACGGUCUCUCGGCAUUGUCGAGUUAUUCCGGUGAUUUCCCGAUUAGUUCAGACAUAUCAGCACUAUCUGCGACGGGCUUCAACGGCAGUCUUUUGCACGGCUGGUCUGCCCAAGGAGGGCAUUUAGAUACGAGUCCACUCCAAAGUCACCAUCUCAACAGCGCGUCAGGAUCUCCAGAACCCCCUUUAUCUCCGAACAUGCGAAUCAAGUCGGAACCCAUAUCCCCGCCUAGAUCGGUUCACCAAGGACCUACAGAUUAUUCUGGAGGUUCAGUCGAUUCGACAACUGUGCCACCUUUGAAAAGAACGCGUCUCACAGCCGAGUCUUGGCCUACAGCAGCGACUUAA